AUGUCAGACCUUACCGCCUCCGUCAAGAAAGAUUCUCAAGGCUCUAUUGCCGUUGAAGGAUAUGAAGCUCUCAACUACAACUUCCACUACACAUCACCAGUCUUUGACAUUCAACAUGCAAAGCUGGCAGAUAUCUACAAGAGGUGGCAGAGGGUUUUAAUUGUCAUUGACACCAUCGUGCACCCUAUCUACAAAGAGCAGAUUGAGAAGUACUUUGAUCAUUACAACAUCGCUGUCACCUGGAAGGUUAUCAAUGGAGGAGAGCUCCAUAAAACUAUGGAUACCAUGCUGGAUAUCGUCGACGCUAUGGACUCUUUUGGUAUUGUCAGGACUGAACCAACACUUGUUGUCGGUGGUGGAUUGGUCACAGAUGUCUCCGGAUAUGCAUGUGCAUCCUAUAGACGGACCAGUAAUUUCAUCCGAGUACCGACUACCUUGAUUGGAUUAAUCGACGCAAGUGUCAGUAUCAAAGUUGGACUCAACCACAAGAAGCUUAAGAACAGAUUGGGAGCCUACCACGCUCCACUUCACACGUUCUUGGACUUCUCGUUUUUGAAGACUCUUCCUGUUGGCCAAGUCCGAAACGGCUUUGCAGAACUAGUAAAAAUUGCAUCAGUAGGCGACAAAGCAGUUUGGGACUUGCUUGUCAAGCAUGGCAAGGAGCUAGUGGAGACCGGAUUUGGCUACCGAGACGGAAGUGACGCUGUGCGCGCACCUGGCACUGAGAUUUGUCAUCGAGGAAUCGAAACCAUGCUUGAACUUGAAACACCCAACCUGCACGAGCUUGGUCUUGACCGAGUCAUUGCUUUCGGCCACACAUGGUCCCCCACACUUGAAUUGACGCCACGUAUACCUUUGCGACAUGGACAUGCCAUUACCAUCGACAUGGCUUAUUCCAUAACACUUGCGUUAUCAAGAGGUCUCAUCAAUGAAGCUCAACGGGAUGAAUGGUUCACUCUCGUGUCUUCAGUCGGUCUAUCCAUGGAUCAUGAGUUAUUUGAUGAUGAACUGAUCGCCGUAGCCACGGACGCCAUCAAGAAAACGCGAGAUGGCAAACAACGAUUCGCUAUCCCCAACGGAGAAUUCGGCAAAUGCAUCUUCCUGAACGACGUUUCUAUUGAAGAACUUCAAUCUGUUCUCAAGAUUCACAAGGAGUUCGUGAAGUCAAGAUAUGGGUCCGGGGUAGGCAAAGAAGCCUACGUUGAUGCUGGCGACUUGGGUGUCGAGCCAGAAGCUUACGCUAAGAGUGACAAGAAAUCAGUUGCCGCAGGCGAUUCUUGUUGCACUGGUGAAAGUUUGAAGCGUAAAGGUAUCAAUGGCAACGACACCAAAGCUGCCGCCGUUGCUGCUGGCGCUGUACCGGUGGACGGAACUGGCACUGUGACCAAUGGAGUAACCGGCACCUCUCAGGAUUAG